GGGGGGGGGAGGCUGUUGGCGCUCGAUUAGCAGAGCUGUCGUGGGCUCUGGAGGAAUUUGAAUGUUGCUGAGCCGCUUCGUAGACGCAGACAGUCUCCAUCGCCUGGACGGCCAGUCACCGCAAUCGGUUCCCAAGCAGUGAAGCGGGAGCCAUGCCUGUCCCCGCCGGAUACCUCAGCGGCUGCGGCGUCGACUCCUCCUCCGCUGCGGCCUUCGUAUCCUCGGCCUCGCUUAUCCCUCCGCCACCGAUCAACACGCAGCAGCCUGGUGUUGUCACCUCACUGCUGUACAGCGGAUCCAAAUUCAGGGGCCACCAGAAAAGCAAAGGCAACUCUUAUGACGUGGAAGUUGUUCUUCAGCAUGUCACCAUGGAGGAUUCCUACUUGUGUGGCUACCUGAAGAUAAAAGGAUUGACUGAGGAAUACCCAACUCUGACCACGUUCUUCGCUGGAGAGAUCAUCAGCAGGAAGCGGCCCUUCCUCACCCGGAAGUGGGAUGCAGAUGAGGAUGUGGAUCGUAAGCACUGGGGCAAGUUCCAGGCAUUCUACCAGUAUGCAAAGACAUUCAACUCUGAUGAUUUUGACUGUGAUGAUCUAAAGAACUCAGACUAUAUUUUCAUGAGGUGGAAGGAGCAGUUUCUGGUUCCUGACCACACAAUCAAAGACAUCAGCGGUGCCUCAUUUGCUGGAUUCUACUACAUCUGCUUCCAGAAAUCCACAGCAACGAUUGAGGGCUACUAUUACCACAGAAGCUCUGAAUGGUACCAGUCUCUAAACCUCACCCACGUUCCUGAGCACAGCGCUGCCAUCUAUGAGUUCCGGUGACCUCGGCCAAUAUUUAGACUUUUUUUUAUUUUUUAUAACAGACUAAGUCUUGAGGCAGCGUCUCAAGCACGACUGGAUGCUACUGAGAUGGAAGAAGAAGCACUAUGAAUGAGAGUUUGUGAGAAUUUUGGUACAAACUCAGGAAAGACGAGAGGGCAGGAUAGGACAAAUGAAUGUACGUGUGAAGGAGAAGAAAAGAACGACUGUGCUCCCGGGCUGGAGUGUGUAAAGUACGAACCAACGUAAAAACCGGGUGUGGUUCUCACAGCGCAAACUGUUCUCCGUUCAUGUCUGAUUCUUUAAAAAAAAAAAACAACGAAAACACACUUGGCACACUACCUUGAGACACUUUAUAAACAACGUAGGAAAUUCCCCCUUCUUGGUUCUGUGACGGGUGGGAGGACAAAAGCAGCAUUUCCAGCUUUUAUCCAGCCGAUGUUGAAUGAGCAGCGUAAAAGGUGUUUGACUAAUGCACUCAACAAGGAUUCUGCGGAGGAGUCCACUUUUAUUAAAACACGAUGGAUGUGGAAUGGAAAAAAAAAAAAUCAAGUCUGUGUGGGUUACAAAAAAAAAAAAAAAAGAAAACUUUGGGUUUGUGCUUAGAGCUCUUAAGCUUUUAGGAUCAGAGCUUUAAUCAGCCCAUAAGCUAGAAUGACAGUAUUUUAUUUUUUUUUAAAUGCUGGUUUAAUUUUUUCUUUUUCUUUUUGCUGCCAUGCGGAUAUUUUGUCUUUUCACUAUACGAUGGCUGACAAGUGGCACUUUUCAAGGCUGCGGUGUGAUGUGAAACAAGCCUUUUCCUCUUCUGCUUUGAAAUGUUUUAAGCAGUGAGAUUCUCUCACUGGAUUGCUGUGGAUCUUGUACUAUAGAGAUGAGUUUGCACACAGGUGGGUUCUGUGUUACUGACGCUUGCAGCUGGCAUUUUCUAAUCGCGUGCCCGUCCUAUGUGGGCUUUAAGAUGGCAGUUUACACUUUUGUGUGGAAAGCUUUGCAUCAGAUUUGGAGCCAAAACAGUUGCAAGUAUUAAAAAAAAAAAAAAAAAAAAAAAAGUAUUUUUUACCCGGGUCUACCCCACUGUAUUAAAGCGAGCUUUUUACUCAUUAUGUGUAGUUGUAACUUAAAGAUUCCCAUCCUGACAUUCAUCUACUCAACUAUGCAACACUUUGAACAUAGCACUACUCUCCCAACACACAAAGAUUCUAUUCUGUGCUCAUCAUAUAUGAAAGAAAGUAUCAUCCUUGAAAAUAAAUAUUUUUGUUAAAAAAUAGUCUAUGAAAAACUCCCUAAUAAUCCUCCCUUUCCAUGUGACGGUGCCAUCGUUUCGAAGCUCAUCAGUUGUAAGAGAUCAGAAGUGUUUUUGACUGGAUUUGAUUGGUUGACUGUAAAGAGUGGAUUAUGGAUCUUUUUCUAAAAAAAAAAAAUCUGGAAUCGUCCCUCGUCUUGUUUUUCUCUUGAUCCGAUGUGCUGCCAUAUGCCCUUUUUGUUUUUAUAAAUGGUGUCAAAUAGCACUUUACUUGUUUAGUUCUGUGUCAGACCUUGUGUUUGUGUGAUUGGAUUCCCGGUGAAAAACUGUCAAGCUGCUGUCACUUUAGUAUUAAAACAUGGAGGGGAUUAUUUU